AUGCGCGUUCGCGGGGUUGGGGGGAGGAGGGCAGGACUGCGUUCCCGGAAAGCGUGCAGGGGGCGGGGCGGGGGCGGGGCCGCGAGCCGGGAAGCGUGCAGGGGGCGGGGCGGGGGGGCGGGACUGCGCUCCCGGAAGCGUGCAGGGGGCGGGGCCGCGAGCCGGGAAGCUGCGGAGUCUCAGGGCGGGUGCGCCCGGGAAUCGCGUCCGCCGUUCCGGGAGCCGCACGUGGCUGCCGGGCCUCGGCCGGCGUGCCUUCGCGUCGCCCUGGAGCCCGGGGUCUCGGUCGCGGAAGCCGUGUCGUCCCUGACCAUCGCGGACGCGUUCGUGGCGGCCUGUGCCGGUCCCGCCCCGCCGCGCCCCGCGCUCUCCGGCAGGUUCAUCUGCUCCUUCCCCGACUGCUGCGCCAGUUACAACAAAGCCUGGAGGCUAGACGCGCACCUGUGCAAGCACACGGGGGAGAGGCCGUUUGUUUGUGACUAUGAGGGCUGUGGCAAGGCCUUCAUCAGAGACUACCAUCUGAGCCGACAUGUCCUGAUUCACACUGGAGAAAAGCCCUUUGUUUGUUCAGAUAACGGCUGUAACCAGAAAUUCAACACAAAAUCAAACUUGAAGAAACACAUUGAACGCAAACAUGAAAAUCUACACAAGCAAUAUAUAUGCAAUUUUGAAGGUUGCAAGAAGGCCUUUAAGAAACACCAACAGCUGAAAGCCCACCAGUGCCAGCACACCAGCGAGCCGCUUUUCAGGUGUACCCACGAGGGAUGUGGCAAGCACUUUGCCUCCCCCAGCCGGCUGAAACGGCAUGCGAAGGUUCACGAAGGCUAUCUAUGUCAAAGGGGAUGCUCUUUUGUGGGGAAAACAUGGACGGAGCUUCUGAAACACACGAGAGAAGCCCAUAAAGAGCAAGUAGCCUGCACGGUGUGCCAGAAGACAUUCAAGCGCAGAGAUUACCUUAAGCAGCACAUGAAGACUCACGCUCCACAGAGGGAUGUGUACUGCUGUCCACGGGAGGGCUGCGGGAGGACCUACACAACCGUGUUCAACCUGCACAGCCACAUCCUCUCCUUCCACGAGGAGCAGCGCCCGUUCGCGUGUGAGCAUGCUGGCUGUGGCAAGACGUUUGCAAUGAAACAGAGCCUCUGGAGGCACAGCGUCGUGCACAAUCCCAACAGGAAGCUCAAGGUCCCACCACCUCGGGAGAGACGGAGCCUGGCGUCUCGCCUCAGUGGGUACCUCCCUCCUAAAAAGAAACACGCGCCAGAGUCCUCCUUGCCUAAUGGCACGGAGUCCAGCAGCAGCCUGGAAGAUAAGAGGCUCCCGCCAGGGACACUGCCUGCCCUCUGCUAG